GACACACUAGGCUCGAACACAAAAUCGCGCUUUAUCGUGCCGUGAGGGCGCAGGAGUUGGCACAACGAGCGACCAACAACGCUGCUUAAUCCCUAGAACGCGCCGCGCCGCGAGACGCUGCGCCGCACAAGAGCUAGGGCCCUGAGAGGCAAAUAGCUCUCAGAGCUUCCGCGGGAGAACGAGGUGAAUCCGUGCCAAACACGAUGCGGGCACACCUCUUCUGUGCGCUUGCCACGGCCGGAGCCCUGAGCACGAACAACCUGCGGGACGCGCGGUUCAGCUGCAGCAUCGUCGGCGACUCGCUCCUCGCCGGGCUCGUCGCGGGCGGCGAGGGCGGCUUCGAGCCCGUGGCUAAAGUGGUGGUGAAUGAGCUGAAGAAGCUCAUCCUGACGCCUGUGGAUAUUCGGGUCUCGGCCGAGCCGCUCCGGACCGCGGGACAGGUCGAGGUCGCGCUAAGCGAGGAGUUAAAAUCAAGGACUCCCGGAGCCGUCGUGAUCCUGGCGGGCACGAACGAUUUGUGGAGAUGCGAUGCUGACGCGACCUUCAAGUCGCUGAAGCGCAUGUACGAAAAUUGUGCCAAGGCGGGCGUGCGUCACGUCGUCGGCAUCACGCUCCCACCCUUCACGGCCGACGCGACGCAGUGGUUCUCGAUCGUGGACCUGCCGCAGCGCAUCGAGGCGACGCGAUCAGCCGUGAACGACAACAUACGAGACGCGGCGCCCGUGCUGCUGGACCUGGCUGCGGACGCGGAGGCCGACGCGGCGACGUACGUCCAGCCCGACGGCAUCCACUUCACGCGCGCGGGCUACCGGGCGCUGGGGUUGCGCGUCGCGGAGACGCUCGAGGAAGCGUUGAUCGGACGCAAGGCGCCGCCGCGGACGGCGAUCUACCCCGGCUUGAAGAAACCACCACCGGCGCGGUGAUUUCCUCUCCCUCCCUUCCUGUGUGGUCUUGGCACCGCUGUAAUUAUGAUGUUAGCUUUG